GCGGGGAGGGGGCCCGAGGGCUUCUCCUCCUCUCGCCGGGUUAUUUUUUCCGGUGGGAAGAGCCAAAGGCGGCGGUACCCCCUUCCCGCCCCCCCCUCCUCCUCUCCUCCGCAGCAGCAGCACAUGGGAAGCAAAAGUUUUCCUCCUCCUCCUCCUCUUCCUCCUCCUCCUGCUGCCGCUGCUCGCUGCCCUCGCCCCCCGAGGAUGCUCGGGCUCCGCUCGGAUGUCCCGGCGGACAGCGGGGAAUAGAGCGCGGCUGGGAGCGGAGCCGAGCCCGCAUUUUCCGCGGGGAUCCGCGGGGAGAGGAGCGGCGGGGCCGGAAUAAGGCGAUGGUUUAACAGCGCCACGAACCGGGCUGCGCUGCCCCGCUCCGCCAUGGGCACCGGGAUGUGCUCCCGCCGGCACAAGGGGCUGCUGCCCUCGGCGCUGGGCCUGCUCUGCCUGGCCGGCCUGGCCUCGGCCGCGCUGCUCUACGGCCACCUCCAGAGCCAGGUGCGGGGCGCCGAGGCGCUGGCGCAGAAAUACAAACUGCAGCAGGAAGCGCUGUCGGCACAGCUGCAAGUGGUGUACGAGCACCGGUCCCGCCUGGAGCGCUCCCUGCAGAAGGAGAGAGGGGAGCACAAGAAGACCAAGGAAGAUUUUUUAGUGUACAAGCUGGAAGCUCAGGAAGCUCUCAACAAGGAGAAGCAAGACUCCAUGAACAGAUACGGGGCCCUCAGCUCCCAGCACAAGAUCCUGAAGAACCAGCACGACGAUGUCAAGAAGCAGCUGCUGGAGCUGCAGCUGCAGCACAACAGCCUCAGGCUGGAGCACAGGAAGAGCCUGGAGAGCCACAGCCAAAAACUGGCCCAGCUGCAGCAGGAGAGGGACAGCGAGGUCACCAACCUGCAGGACACAGUGCAGAAACUCAGAGAAGAGAGCAAACUCCUCAGGAAAGCUCACCUGGAGGUUCACUCCCAGCUCCUCAGUGCCCAGGCGCAGAUGGAGGAGUUCAGGCAGCUCAAGGAAGCUCUGCAGAAGAUGCCAGGCCUGAGAGGAGGAGGAGGAGGAGGAAGGAAGGGGCAGCAGCCCCUGGUGCCAGCCAGCAGCCAGCUGCAGCCAGGGAGGCACAAGGAUGUGGAGAUGGAGAUGCACAUCCAGGUGAGGAGCCACGAGCAGAGCCCGGCCCCUGGGCUGGCCCUGCCUGAGCCAGGACCAAAAUCUGCAGCAGAAAAUGCGCCAGGGCCAGGCAGGCAGCGCCCAGCAGGGAGCAGAGAGCUGCCCCCGCACAGCUGGCAGGUCCCUGUGAGCCCAGGGAAUGCCCAGAGGGACCCAGGGCCAGGGCAGGGCCAGCCCAGGAGUGCCCAGGACAGCCCCAGGGAUGGGCACAGGGGCAGCACCCGGACCCCCGGGACAGGGACAGCGGCACACGGGGACGGGGCCGACCAGGAGGAGCUGCAAAUGGAUGCAGGAGUCAUUGACAGGGAGCUGCACUCCCAGAAAGAGCCCGUGGUCCAGGAGCCCAUGGUGCCAGAUGAUGCUGCAGAUCCUGCCCAGGACCCCAACAACCAGGGGGAGGACGAGUUUGAGGAGGCUGAGCUGGAGAGGCCUGACUUUGAGGAGAAGGUGGGAGCCUCGGAGAAGUUCAAGGAGCCCAGAGUUAAAGAAGAGUGGAAGGAGAAGCCACCAAAGGAUGCUGGCAGAGCUGCCAAGCCCAGGGAAGAGCCACUGGAGGAUUACCAAGAAGAUCAGGAGCAAGAAAUUGAGGAUCAUGGAGGGGAGGUGGAUGACAACGACGACCUGGAGCUUGUCCAAGAGCAGAAGGAGCCUGUGGGAAGGCAGGGAGGUGCUGGCAAGAAGGAUGAUUACUUCUGAGAGCCGCUGCAAAUCCAGGAUGCUGCAGGAAUGAGGGGAUGGGAGCUCCUCCUGAAGGAAACACUGCCCAGAGCAGAGGCAGGAGGAGAGAACUCCCCCAAACAAAGAGGGGGUUUGCAGAUGAAAAUAUGAAAAUCCCAUCUCAGUGUGGGGCCACUGCUGCCUCUGAGAUCUCUCAGACUGGGGAUGGUCUUACCCUGCUGCUUUUCUUAGGAGCACUUUUUGAUUUACUGUGUUCUUCGCCCUCUCGUUCUUCACAUCCCCUUUCUGAGCUGGAGAGGGUUUUUGGGGCUGGUUUUGGGGGUGUUUUUUACCCCCUCUGGGCAGCAGAGGGGUCCCUGGACUCACUCAAAUACAAAGGAAUCUGUCUUCAUAAAUGAUUUUGUGUUUCUUUAACACAUCCUCCGAGCAGGGUGGGGAGGGAUCCAGAGGAAAUUUCCUGUUCUUUGCCCUGGAGAUGUGCAGGAGCACCAACCACAGCCAGAAAAAUGUGUGUGUGUGUGGAUGUGGACACUUUCCUGCUGCAGAGACCCUCCAGAAACUGGCAGCAGAUCCCUGCAGAGCUCUCCCUGCCCUGCCCUUGAGCUGUGUGACAUUCCUGCUGGCCUCAAAGUGUCCCCUGGAGACCUCCCCCCUGCUGGAGGUGAGGGCUGCCCUGAGAUCUUCCCCGUGGGGACAGUGACAGCCACGCCAAGAAACAGGGAAAAAAAAGGAAUAUUUGCAGCCCAAUUCAUGCAGUUCCAGCCUGGUUGGAUUAUUGCCAGCCUCCCAGCAGGAGCCAAGGUAAAUUUUGUGUCUUCUAGAGAGGUUUUGAUCAGCAAGAUGGGAGUUGUUGGUGGAGUGGAUUGAAUCCUGUGGGACUUUACUCAGCCUCCAAAAGACUUAACCUGACCUCAGGGACAAAGAAGGAACAGUCAGCUGGAAUUGAAAAUGAAAGGAGAAUGGGUUUAAUCACGAUAUCUCAAAGCCCAGAGCCUUCUUUAAGUGAUAAGAGCAGGGCAGAGCUGUCCCACUCCUGCCCUGAGCUGUGUCCUCCUUCCUCAUCACCAGACUCUGGCACUCAAUCACCAAACACAGGGAAUUGUGCCUGAAUCUCAUCACCUGCUAAAAAAUCAGAGCAUCUUUGUUCUCUAUUUGAAUUAGUUGAGCUCUUUCUAAUCCCUUGUUUGUGGCAUAUUUUGCAAGCACUUUUAGGCACUGGGGAAAACAAUAUUUAUUUUCCAACAAGCUCAGCCUUUUUCAUUCUGACAGCAUUGAUUUUUUUUUUCUUCCACUGGUUGUAAUAGAGCUUGAAA